CGGUAACUGCUUUUGUUUCACUUUACCCGAGCGUUUAGAGACUUUAAGUGUCCACCUCCUCUGCGGGUAAUUGAGGGUCUUUGUCAGCCCCCUUCUCUCAAGACAGUUGACUGUACACAUAAAGGGAAAAACUCUGCGCACGAGCAUUUGGACAAUAUGUUGUACGCAAGUAAACUUCUUUAGUGGAACAGGCAUGUUAAACUUUUUUGUUACCAAACUGCCCGAAACUAUCAGAUGGGAAUAUCGUGGAAAACAAUGCAGCAGUGAGAUUUGAAGAUGGAUGUGUUUUUAAAGUCACACAUCUGCGUGUGGUGCUUGUGUUUAUUUCUUGUGAAGUUACACGCGCAACUUGCUCCCGAGUGUUAUCCGGGCGGGCACAGGACCCUGCGGAACGCAUAUCGGAGCGUCGACUUUGACUCCACAGAACUUCAGAACACAGCAAUACAGGAUCUGAUCUGUGACCAUACGCUCCCAGCCGGAUGGUACCGCUUCACCAUAAACAGUAAACCUGCGGAAAUGCCGACCCGCUGUGUUGAGAUGAACCGCUGUGGUACUCAGGCUCCGGUGUGGUUGUCUCUUAAAGACAGCUCUCUUCCCAGGCCCGGAGAGGUCAAGAGACUUUCAGCUUGUGCUACGUGGCAGUUUUUCCAUGGAAGCACCAAAGACUGCUGCCUUUUCAGGAUACCUAUCUCUGUCCGAAACUGUGGGGAGUUCCUGCUGUACCACCUGCAGCCCACGCAAGGGUGCAUGGGAUACUGCGCAGAAGUUGUCUCACAGUACACACCCAAAUUCUGCCCACCUGGUGAAACUGAAGUCAAUGGUGUAUGUGCAGCGAACCUUCCUUCACUAACUUCAAAACCCGUGGUGACCCCUGAACUAGUGGGAAGUAGCGUUCAUCUGCGAUGUUCCCAUGUCGGGGUGGCGUUCAGCCGUCCGGUGGGGUAUCUGGUGGUGUGGGGACGGUACACUUCCAACAAUAUGAAGGUGGAGCUCAGACGAGACACAACGACCAGACUGUACUCGAUGGUAGAGAUGGAUGGAGUUCAUUUCAGACUUGGAGAAACGUUUUCCUGCAGCGUCUCCACGUUCCUCCCAAACUCCUCCAGCUCCCACUCGACCCCAAAAGAGAGCGCCGGGUUUUUCGCAGGAGUCAAGUUUGUUCCAGAUGUUCUGCACAUACGCGAGGAUGCCAAGAAACACGACGUGGCUGUACACAGCACAGUCCCUAUUGCCUGCCACGGGUUCGAGCACAGCCGGCGGUGCAAAGUGUCGCUUGCUCUUAACAUAUAUGACUCCGACAAUGUCGUUGCGGAGGUCCCGAAUGUGGCUCUGUCAUCCUGCCAUGUGGAGCUCAUGUCCCAGCCCUGCCGUAACAACGUCUGCGCUCAGGGAACCGUGACUGUCACCGCCGUCACAGAUUUCACUAAGGACGGAAAUCGGGUCAGCCUCCUUUCCGCCCAGCCCGCUCAAGGCAGUCCUCGCCUUUGGAGAGGUUACAACCCCACUGCACUGAAGAUCACAGUUCAAGAUGUCCCCACGGCUACCUGUUACUCCCUGACAGAUCCACACAUCAUUACAUUUGAUGGCAGGCGAUACGAGAACCAGCAGACGGGCACGUUUUUGCUUUACAAAAGCACAAAGCGUAAUUUCGAGGUCCACACCAGACAGUGGGAUUGUGGGAGUCGACACUACAGCACGGCUUGUACCUGCGGAGUAGCCGCUCGGGAGGGCAAUGAGGUCGUGACCUUUGACAUGUGCGACGGACAGUUGCGUGAGACACGUCCCCAAUUAUCUCUCAAGGCCUUGACAGCGUUCACAACCGGUCAAUUAAAGAUCCAAGAGACACACCAGGGAAAGAAGAUCACGAUCGUGUUUGGCUCCGGCGCGCUUGUACGAGCAGACGUCAGCGAUUGGGGAAUGAGUCUGUCCGUCAGGGCCCCGAGUCGAGACUUUAACGCCACCAGAGGCCUGUGCGGGGUAUUUGACCGAAACAGUCACAAUGACCUCCAUCACCCCGCAAGCACAAGCCACCACACCAAUGGCCAUGCAGAAUUUAUCGAGAGCUGGAGGAUCCCUCCUGGGGAGAGCCUGUUUGACAGCAUGCCACCUGCCGCGGAUGAGGAGAUAAAGUGGAAUUUCUGUGCUUGUCGUGAGGGAUAUAGCCCGUCUUUCCAUUCAGCGCAUGCUUCAGAUGGCACAGUAAACCCGCCUCAGGUUUCCCGCUGCCAAUCUCAUGACGAUGCGGAUUACGUGUCCCUGUUCCCUUCCAAAGAUGCCACGGCAGAGUACGUCGUGAAACGGAGCUCAAACCGGAAGGCGAGGGCGUCAGAUGAAGCGCCACAGUCGGCCCUGAAUAAUGCUUUUCUUAGCAUAGAGGAGCUCGAAAACGAAUCAUUAUUUAACAUCCAAGCUCCUUGCUUGAACGAAUCCAAGGUGCCCUUACCAACCUCAAGUGCUCGGCAUAAGAGACAGACCCUUGAGCUCCUCCCCAUUUACCCUUUCCGGGCCAUAAGCCAGAGCGACCUGGAAAGUUUGGCCUACUUCUUUCCAGAUGAUCACCGCUUUUCUAGUCGCCCAGCUGCCCACCCGUCCUGGCCGACACCCAGCGGUCUCACUUCUGCCAAAGCUUUGGAGGUCUGCCAGUUGGCCCUUACUAACUCAACCGUGGGCACGGCGUGCCGAGGCCUUCUGGGUCGGCGCCUGGAAGAGGCUGUGAGUCUUUGCGUUCUGGAUCUUCAGCUGAAGGACGAUUUGGCCUGGGAAGACGCCCUCGUGCCCUUCCUGGAGAACGAAUGCGAGCGCAAGUGGCUGGAGAGCAGGAAUCAACGUUCUUUGAUUGGAGAUUGGAGAGCUUCGGCGGAUGUCGCAACGGCUCUGCGGUGUCCAAACUUUUGCAGCGGGAACGGUCGGUGUUUGGAUUGGGGAUGUCAGUGUGAGCCAGGCUAUAGCUCACAUGACUGCAGUCUCACUAUUAGUCAGCCAAUAGAAGUCACGGACUUGGAGAACGGCGGAUUAUGUAACGUGCGUGAGCUCGACUGUGAUAGGGUGAGGGUUUUUGGUCUGGGCUUCAUCGACUCGACUGACCUCGCAUGCCUUGUGAUCAAAUUAAAGCAAAUGAAUGCAAUUUGGAUCCCAGAGGAGGAAAGGAGAACCAGAGCCACCUUCCUCAGUUCUCGAGCGGUGGAAUGUGCCGUCCCGCGGCUUAACAACAUGGGUGCAGACACCGUAGACUUCAUGGCCGACGAUCAGCCCUACGCAAGAUGGGAGAUCAAGAUAACUAAUGAUGGUCGCCUGUACAGUGAGGGGAAGAUCUUGACCCUUUACGACGGCAUUUGCCAGCUGUGUGUGAGUCCCUCUGGAUUCUGCAAGCUGAAGGAGAGGACAUGUAAUAUAGAUGGCAUGUGUUUUGCUGAUGGAGACUCCAGCCCUUCUAGUCCAUGUCUGUUGUGCAACUCUACGGCCUCCAAAUACACCUGGUCUGUGAACGAAGCUAAUCGGCCGCCAGCCUUCCACGCGCCACAGGCCAGACUGCAGACCUUUGCAGGGGAGAACUUUGUGUAUCAAUUCACAGCCACAGACCCAGAGGGCUCGGCCUUUCUCUUCCAACUGGAGACGGGGCCUCCGGGAGCCUCCGUUUCGCCGGCCGGGCUCCUCAUCUGGAGGGUGCACGCGGAAGAAACACAGAGUUUUCAAUUUGCGGUGUCUGAUGAGUGUGACGCACAGAGCAGAUUUACUGUGGAGGUCGACGUUCGCCCGUGUGGGUGUGCGAACGGAGCAACAUGCGUGACCGACAUCAAGCAUCCUGCUGGCAGCGGCGAGUACCUGUGUGCUUGCCCUACGGGUUUCCGUGGCGACCUGUGCCAGGAGGACCUGAACGAAUGCGGUUCUGACCCGUGUGGAGCUGGAGUGUGCGUGGAUCUGAUCGACGGGUUUGAAUGCCAAUGCCCAGCUGGACUCACAGGUUUGACGUGUCAGGAGGAUGUGAACGAAUGUGAGGGAACCCCGUGUUUUCCCAGUGUUACGUGUGUGAACAUCCUCGGCUCCUUCAGGUGCGGGCCCUGUCCUCGUGGUCUUGAGGGAAAUGGGAUCUCCUGCAAAGCUCCGGCAAAGUUGGUCACAUCUCCUCCCAUCAUCAAGCCCCAUGUCGUCCCCUCUUCCGCGUCCCCCGCCGUGUGGUCCAUCAGCAAAACCACCGUCCCUUCUUCCAAAACGACCUCCACUCACCUCUCACCGGAUUCCGAAGCUCCAAGCAAGACCCCGGUCAACAAAGCCGACACCACUCUGAGUAAAAAAACUGGUGACCCCAGCAAACUACAUACGACAGCCAAGAAGACAGCCAAGUGCACAAGUAGGCCGUGUUUCCCAGGCGUUCAGUGUAUCGACCUGCGGCCUCCCUACAUUGGGUACGUCUGCGGGCGAUGUCCUCCAGGUUAUCAUGGCAAUGGACGUACCUGCACCAAACAAUCAAAACCUCCCGCUCUUCGCUACCAGCCACCGCCCCAUACCCAACCCAAGAACAUCCCGCCCCUGGCAUCCCACAGCGCUUCCCAUCUGCACCUCUCCGUCCUUCGAUUCAGGCAACCUCAGAGACGUCUAUCCUCACUUGCAAGGACCACAGGACACCAGCAGGCCACCGCUCGCAUCCCCCUCCCGCCAACCUCUCCACCUGUCACGGCGAAGGGAGAGUCAACUGCGAUGGUGGGACGCAUGCCUGCCUUAACCAACAGCAGGGGACGUAUCCUCGCUCGCUCUCAUGACCAACUAAACGUUCCCCACGAGCAAGACGCCUCGUUUAAAGUCUUGGCAGGUGGAUUCGCAGGCGUCACAGCCGAAGUGACCCCUAAAGUCACUUUUCCUCACACUUCGAGGCAAGCUGGGACAUCUCCGAAACAACCAAGUCAGGUCGCAAUAUCCCUGGCUCGACCUUGGACUCUUCCCGAUGGCCAGCGACCCAUAACCGCUGCUCUGACCUCACGCUCUUUCUCGCUCUCGGAGGCAGAGUUUUCUGCAGAUGGAAGUCUGGGACCUGGAAUUCAAGACCCUUACGAGACCCAGCCGCUGUCUCGGGAGAGCUUCACCUACCUUGAGGAACAAGACCAUACGCAGUUUGUGGACACCGAAGAGACUUUCCAGGACGGUAGAUUCCAAAGUAAAAGUAAAAAUGUAGUGGUGUUGGAGGAGAAAGGUUUCACCUGCGCAGAUGUUACUUGCUUCCCGGCAGUCCACUGUGAACUAAGAAGAGAUGGAAAACUUGGAUGUGGACGGUGUCCUUUGGGGUACACGGGGGAUGGACGAACGUGCAGAGCUGUAUGCAAGCAUGUCUGCGGUAGACACAUGGAAUGUGCGGCCCCAAGCACAUGCCGAUGCAAGAGAGGAUAUAGCGGACCCGACUGCAACACAGCUGUCUGCAGUCCUGCUUGUGUGAACGGAGGCAAAUGUGUUGCUCCAGAUGUGUGUGAAUGCCCAUCGGGUUACCAUGGAGAAACCUGCGAAAACGCUCUCUGCAGUUCACCCUGCCUGCAUGGAGGCACAUGCGUGGGUCGAGACACCUGCUCGUGUCCCUAUGGCUUCGUCGGGCCCAGAUGUGAAACCAUGGUGUGCAACCGUCACUGUCAAAACGGGGGGAAGUGCACGUCACCGGAUGAGUGCGAGUGUCUGGCGGGGUGGACGGGACCGUCGUGCGAGACAGCUUCGUGUGACCCCAUGUGUCUCAACGGCGGAUCCUGCGUUCGUCCAAACUCCUGCGUCUGCCAGCACGGCUUCUACGGGUCUCGGUGUCAAAACGCUGUUUGCAUACCACCCUGCAAAAACGGCGGUCACUGUAUACGUAACAACGUCUGCUCAUGCGCGGACGGAUAUUCAGGCCUGCGCUGUGAGAAAAGUGUGUGUGAGCCAGUGUGCAUGAAUGGAGGUAGAUGUGUCGGACCAGACGUCUGCGACUGCGCAUCAGGCUGGAGGGGAAAGAGAUGCGAUAAACCUGUUUGUCUGCAGAAGUGUUUAAACAGAGGUGAAUGUGUCGGGCCGAACACCUGCCACUGCAGUCCCGGCUGGAAAGGAACUCUCUGCCAAAUCCCAAUGUGCGAACAGAAGUGUCUGUACGGAAGUCGAUGUGUCCGUCCCAACGUGUGUGCAUGCCGAGCAGGGUACACAGGAUCUCUGUGCUCCAGAAAGCUUCCUGUCCAGAGAGGAUGAGGAACCGGAUGUGUCACGACACUGGUCCUUUAUUUUACUACUUUUUAACCUGACAGGGUUACAAUAUCUGUUACAAUUUGUAAAUAUCAUAUACAAAGACAAUUAUUUAUGUAUACAGUUUGGUAUAAUAUAAUGUGUUUUACUUUUUCUAAACUUUGUUGCAUUUUUAAAACGAUUCAGGUGAA